CUCUAUGACUUUGCUGGACAAGGAAAAUUUCCAUUAAAUGUAUUUGCAGAUUUUAGAAUCAUAAAAUCAACUAAAACUUUAUUAUCUAAUACAUUCGAUGAAGAUCCAGAGGCAUUGUACUGUCACAUAGAUUUUGUAUCAGUUCUUGAUACACCUAGCUGGAAAGAAUUUGCACAAUUAAUAGCGCAGAGAGCAUUUGACCAGUACAAAGCAAAACCUCAUUGGGCGAAGGAAUGGGAAUUUAUUCCGAAAGUAGAUUCUUAUCUUGCUAAUGCCUUAUUGGAUCAAAUUAAACAAUUUGAGAAAGUACGUGCAAAAUACGACCCUGAUAAAAUUUUCUUUGAUAAUAAGUCCUUGCAGGAUAUAUUUAUUAUAGCUUUAGGUUCACAAAGUGGUGAAGUCUCAAAUAAAAAGAAAUAUUACUGA